AUGACUCAGCAAGAGUCUUUGAGGUACGCGGACGUCGGUAUCAACCUAGGAGACCCGGUGUUCCGGGGACAGUACCAUGGCAAACAGGCCCACGAGGACGAUCUUCACGAUGUGGUGCAGCGAGCGUUGGAUGUGGGGUGCAAGAAGAUGAUGAUCACGGGGUCGAACCUGCACGAGUCGAAGCACGCAAUUGACUUGGCCAAGCAAUAUCCGGGGGUGUGUUAUGCCACCGUAGGAGUGCAUCCCUGCUCUACCCAGGAUUUCGACAAGCACGAUGGGGGACCUGACGUGCUGCUCAAGGAAUUGAGAACCCUGGCCGAGCAAGCGAAGCAGAAAGGAACGGCAGUUGCAUUUGGUGAGAUUGGACUUGACUACGAUCGACUUUUCCUGUCACCCAAGGAAACACAGCUGAAGUAUUUUGAGAGCCAGAUGGCCCUGGCAGUUGAGCUCCAAAUGCCGCUGUUCCUUCAUUCAAGAGCGUGCCACGACGACUUUGAGCGGAUCAUGCAGGCAAACUUGGACAAAUUACCGAAACGCGGGCUUGUGCACAGUUUCACUGGCACUUUGGAAGAGAUGCAGAGCCUGGUUGGUCUUGGCUUCGAUAUCGGCGUCAACGGCUGCAGUCUAAAAACGGAGGAGAAUCUAGCAGUGGUCAAGGAGGUACCGUUGGAGCGACUUCAAAUUGAAACUGAUGGGCCGUGGUGUGAGAUCCGGCCAUCUCACGCCUCGUCCAAGCAUCUUCAAGACUAUGGUGGCCCACCCAUGCCAAAAGGAGUGAAGAAGGAGAAGUGGCAAAGUGGGCUGAUGGUCAAAGGCCGGAAUGAGCCGGCCACUAUCCCUCAGGUGGCUCAUGUUAUUGCCAAAGUCAAGGGCCUUCCAACUCAGCAGGUGUGUGAAGCUGCCUGGAACAAUUCAAUCAGAAUGUUCGGGCUCGGGGAAGUGCCUGUGGAGUCAUCAUGA